GCCACGAGAUCCUGCCACGAGGCGCUGUACUGCUCUGACCGCGGGCGUGCGCGGGGAUCGUGUCGCUGCACCAGCUGUUCGAGAGCGCCUCGGAGGUCAUCCUCGUCCUCGAGCUAGCCUCCGGAGGCGAACUGCAGAGGGUCAUCGACGAGGAAGAGCGGCUGGAGGAGGUGGUCGUCCGCCGCUACAUGAGCAACAUCCUUAGCGCUCUCCGCUACCUCCACACGCACAACAUCGCUCACUUGGAUCUGAAGCAGCCCAGAACCUCCUGCUGAUGGGCCAGCACCCGGACAGCGCCGUCAAGCUCUGCGACUUCGGCAUCUCUCGGAUCCUGCUGGCGGACAUCGAGGUGCGGGAGGUGCUCGGGACGCCGGACUACGUGGCUCCGGAGAUCCUUCAGUAUGAGCCGAUCAGCCUCGCAACGGACAUGUGGUCGGUGGGCGUGCUGACCUACGUCCUCCUGACGGGUCACUCGCCCUUCGGAGGCGACACGAAGCAGGAGACUUUCCUCAACAUCUCCCAGGGCCACGUGGACUUCCCGGAGGACCUGUUCGGGGACGUGUCGGAGCAAGCCAAGGACUUCAUCUCACACCUCCUCGUGGUUGAGCCUAGCGGCCGCCUCAGCGUGGACGAGGCCCUCGAGCACCAGUGGCUCCGCACGGCGCCCACGCCCGCGCAGCCGCCCCCGCUCGUGCCCGUGGCCAGCGCCCCCGCCCGCCCCGAAGGACACGCCGACCGGGACCAGGCGUCGCCCCGCCCCAGAACGCCCACCGACCCUCCCUGCGCGAGCCCCAGGGCCGGCGCCUCCCCCCGCGUCCGCAGGCACGGCGAGGCGGCCGCCGCGGGUGCCAGCAGCCUCUCCUUCGGCGCCCGCAGGGAGGCCUCGCCGCGCCCGUCCUCGCCGGCGCGGCCCUCCGAGCACAGGGUCAAGCUCCACGUGUCCAACUUCAACCUGAAGGCGGCGUCGGCGGCGACGGCGGACCUCUCGACGAAGGCCAAGUGCGUCCCCGCCCCGUCGCGCCUGUGCAGGGAGCGGGCGGAGGGCCCCGCCGCCGCCGCGACGCCCUCGCCGCGCCUCACCAAAGAGCCCGAAGCCCCCGGCCCCUUCCGGAGCAGGGGCCCGUCGCGGCGCCGCGGGCCAGAGCCGAGAGGCCGCCCCCGCGUCCCUGGCGCUGAACCGCGAGGCCGUGACGACGUCCGUGGCGCUGAACCGCGAGGCGGACGGCUCGUGGCGCGCGGCGGACUCGGUCAACAAGGAGAACAACAAGAACAGCAUCAACAAGACGGAGGAGGCGCCGCACCUCUCGAGCCCCUGCAGGGACGCGCUCGACUCGCCCAGCCGCUCCAGGGGCCGCUUCGGCCACGCCGAGAUCGCGAAGGCGCCGGAGGCCAAGCGGCUCGCGGGCGGCGGCAAGGAGGGCAAGGAGAACAAGGAGCACGGGCGCGACGCCAGGGACAGCCACAGGGAGAGGCUGAGGCCGUCGCCGCUGUGCCUGCGGCGCCAGGGCUCCAAGGGCGACCUGCACUCGCCGACGGAGCAGCAGAAGUUCGGGCCCAUCCAGGGCUCCGUGGCCAAGAGGAUCGAGAAGGGCAUGAUCUACUGACGCGGCUCCCGGAGGCAGGAGCGGAGGGAGGAGGGUGGUUUCCGCAUCGCAAAAUGACACAAAGAGACACUCCAAGAGAUACAAGAGAUAUGACACUGUAAUGCCUCGUAGAGACCGUGGCACUGAAAGCUGCCACGGUGUUAUGUAAGUAUUGGAUACCUCACACACAAGGUGCCUUGUAUAUAAUGUAUGUAAAAGUAUAGUAUGAAUAUUUACAAUGCACACUCCAGGUGGUUGAUACCGUAAAGCAACGCUAAAGUAAUGAUAAAGGGAGAAAAAAGACGAAACACAUACAAAUAUAAAAUAGAAAUAAGGAAAAGAAAACUAUUUCAGGUGCUAAGAAAGUGCACAGACACAAAGGAUAAGACAGAGAAUGAAGAGACGCUGAAAAGGAGAAACUGUUCGUGGCCAAAAACACGUCGGAAAAUGGUGCUCGAUUCAAGGAAAAUAAAUAAGUGAUGCUUCGAAGUGACUUCAUUCCUCAUAUUUCUACUUUUGGAAAUAUUUUGCCCAGUCUUUGCAGUUUACAUUGAUGGAUAAGCAAUGAAUGUCUUCUUACCUUGGGACAAUUCUUUAAGAAAUGUCUCAAAGCCAAGUUACCCUGUGUUCAUAAUAUGUGUUGCAUAUUAUCCCUGCACUUGCACGGUUGCCCUUAUUCAGCUGAAAACAUCCCAGGAACGCUGAACUUAUAGCCAGCUGAAACUACCCACGGAAUCAGCAACCAUUAUGUAGAGUAAUUCUUGAAGCAUUGAACUGAAGUAAUUCUAAAGCGAUUAUCAGUAUUUUACUAAUCCUGAUUCAGGAGACUUUAAGGCAUGCUCUUGGCCCAAAAAGCUUUACCCUUUUUUAUUCCAUUGUUUUGCCUCGUUUCUGAUACGUGUCAGGAAAGUCAGCUCUUUGGUAAUAAUAGGAAUAUGAUCCAAGUAUGAGAAUUAUAAAUGAAUUUAAUUAUUAUCAUUAUUUUUAUCUUUAUUAUUAUUAUUUUUUUGAAGUGCGCUAUUGCGGAGUAAAUUAAAGUACACAAUAUAGAGACAGAUAUAUGAUUUUAUGAAUAAUUUUUCCUUUAUGCUCUGAGAGUUAAGUUAUAUAUGUUCAUAUUUUUAUGUGUGUGUGUAUGAGAGAGAGAGAGAGAGAGAGAGAGAGAGAGAGAGAGAGAG